AGAAAUCAUAAAGAAGUACCAGUCGCUGCACCGUGUAAAUAUAGGGUAGUGUUACAGACCGUCAACCGUGCGCGAGUCACUGCCAGGUGACUUUCAUUUGUUCAAGAUGAACGGUUUACUUAUUUUCUUUGUACUUGCAAUUUUUUUUGUGGUUAGCGAAUCAGUGAGGGUUGGAUCUAGGAGAAAAGGUGUGGCAGCAGAUCAAACACCUGCGGCAAGCUUUUGGUCUUCAGAUGUCACAGGUUCUCUACCAUCAGAUUCAAAAUUUUUCACAUCCUCGCAAGGUCUGUCACAGACCCAUCCUGGUCUAGGAACGAGAAUUGCUGGUCCAAUUUCCAAAAAUAGUUUAGGUGCCGCUAGUGCUUUCAAACAUUUAGACUAUAGAUUAUCGUCGACGAAUGAACUUAGGAAAAAUCCUUCGUUGUCGGCUCCUGAUGAGUGUGCUAGAGCUUGUAGAGAAAAUGAACCACCAAAGAUUUGUUAUUAUCAUUUUACUUUGGAGUUGUAUACAGUAUUAGGAGCAGCAUGUCAAGUGUGUACCCCCAAUGCUACAAACGCCGUAUGGUCAAAUUGUCAAUGCGUUCUUGCCGAUGGAGUCGAAAGAGGUAUAUUGACAGCUAAUAGAAUGUUACCCGGACCAAGUAUUCAAGUUUGCCAAGGAGACAAAGUUGUAAUUGACGUUGAAAAUCAUAUUGAAGGUAUGGAAGUUACUUUGCAUUGGCACGGAAUCUGGCAAAGAGGCACACAGUACUAUGAUGGAGUACCUUUUGUUACUCAGUGUCCUAUACAGCAAGGAAAUACAUUUAGGUAUCAAUGGGUAGCCGGUAAUGCUGGUACACACUUCUGGCAUGCUCACACAGGUUUACAAAAGAUGGACGGUCUGUAUGGUAGUAUUGUUAUCCGUCAACCACCCUCCAAAGACCCUAACAGUCACCUUUAUGACUACGAUCUCACGACUCACGUAAUGUUGCUCAGUGAUUGGAUGCACGAAGAUGCUGCAGAAAGAUUCCCUGGAAGACUGGCGGUGAACACGGGUCAAGAUCCAGAAAGUUGCCUGAUUAACGGAAAAGGUCAAUUCAAAGAUCCAAACACCGGUUUCAUGACUAACACUCCCCUCGAAGUAUUCACGAUCACUCCCGGAAAGAAGUAUAGGUUUAGAAUAAUUAAUUCCUUUGCAUCUGUAUGUCCUGCACAGCUUACCAUUCAAGGACACGACUUAACACUGAUAGCCACCGAUGGUGAACCAGUCCAUCCUGUCAAAGUAAACACAAUUAUAUCCUUCUCUGGCGAAAGAUAUGAUUUCGUAAUCAACGCCGACAGAACUCCUGGAGCUUACUGGAUCCAACUCAGAGGUUUGGGAGAAUGUGGUAUUAGACGAGUCCAACAACUUGCUAUUCUAAGGUACGCCAGAGGUCCAUAUCAACCGUCUUCCACUCCACCAACAUAUGACUUCGGUAUUCCACAAGGAGUGGUUCUUAAUCCAUUGGACGCAAGAUGUAAUGAAGUCAGGCCAGAUGCCAUUUGCGUAAAUCAACUGAAGAACGCUAAAGAUAUUGAUAGAGGAAUAUUGCAAGAGCGUCCCGAUGUUAAAAUAUUCUUGCCAUUUAGGUUCCACCUUUAUACUCCUGAAGAUUUGUUCCAACCUAAUACUUACAACAGACAUUUGGUUGCACCAAACGGAGACCACGUUAUAAGUCUGAUAGAUGAGAUUUCAUACAUGGCCGCACCAGCACCUUUAAUUUCCCAGUAUGACGAUAUUAAUCCUGAUCAAUUUUGUAACGGUGAUAAUAGACCUCCAAACUGUGGCCAAAACUGCAUGUGCACACACAAAGUUGAUAUACCAAAAGAUGCUAUUGUUGAAGUUGUCUUGGUUGAUGAAGUUCAACAACCCAAUUUGAGUCAUCCCUUCCAUCUGCACGGAUACGCCUUCAAUGUUAUUGGUAUUGGCAGAUCUCCCGACAGAAAUGUAAAGAAAAUUAACUUGAAGCACGCUUUAGACCUUGACAGACAAGGUCUCCUUCACAGACAAUUUAAUUUACCACCUGGCAAGGACACUAUCGCUGUACCAAAUAACGGUUACGUAGUACUGAGAUUCAGGGCAGACAAUCCAGGUUUCUGGCUAUUCCACUGUCACUUUUUGUUCCACAUUGUUAUAGGAAUGAAUUUAGUUUUUCAAGUUGGAACUCAUGCGGAUAUCCCUCCUGUUCCACCUGGUUUCCCAACCUGCGGAGAUCACGUGCCUACGAUAACGAAUACAAUUGAUUCCCACUUCUACCAUGAUUUAGAUUGAAGUUAAGUGUCUAAAGUCGUUUUUGUUUAAUUGAUUUUUUCGGGGUUUCGAAAUGAACUAGUCAAAAAUAAUACCCGUUUGGCAAUGAAAUUUAAACAUAACAUAUUAGUCUAUAUUUUAGAACAUUAUUUUUUUUAAUUAAACCAUGCAGGAAAUCAAAUUUCUAUUAAAUUAUUAAUAAAGUGUCUAUCGUAUGGGAUUUUAGAAAUUGACUCUCGAGGUAAAGAUGAAAAAACUCUCCAGUGAUCGUCAGAGUUCUGGGUAGAAAGUACAUUGUUUAGAUCAAUUAGUUUGAAUUUAGAAAUAUUGAGUCUUUCGGCAACAUAAGUUUGUUAAUAUUUAUUUCUAUGUAUGCUACACAAAGUUACAUUUUUUUCACAGCUUAUUUGUGUUCAAAGAAUAAAUAAUUUAUCAUGCUGUAAGAAAUAAUUUCUAUUUGUUCUCCUCUUAAAUAAACCGGUGUAAAUUUGUAUAUGUUCAGAUUUUAGAAAAACAUUUUUAAAUUGAAGAAGUAUUGCUGACGAAAAAUAGUUACAAUUUCAAAAUAUGACAUUGUUAGAACAAAAUAUUUUGAAACAAUAUAAGUACCACUUUCGUAGCGUUGUAUGUUUGGUAGCUCUUGUAGUUCUUCGUGACUCCGGAUGACUUUUUGUUUUCAUUUCUAUUUUCUUUCUUUAUACCAAAUGGGAAAAGUGUUUAUUUUCUCACUUGUAGACAUUACUAUUUUACGAUUAUCCUGAAAACCUGCAAUAUCGUUCUCAGGGUUAAAAUACAUUAAAUUUCAUUGCUUGUUUCGGGAUUCUAAACCUCUAUAAAACUCUUUUAAUUGGACACCAAUCAAAAGUCUACUAUGAAAAUUUUAAUACUAUUAUAUUUCUGAGAAUUUUAAAAGCAACCAUUUUACUUAGUACUUAGUACUUAGGAUAAUAGUUUAAUUUAUUUAUGACUAUCUCCCUAGACCAAUUAUCAGCGACUAUUUCUCUAGAGAACUAGUCAAUAUUUGGUCUAGUGAAAUAGUCGUUCCAAAUAUAACGCGACCUUGAUCAAUAUUCUGCUAUUUUUGUUAUUGCUAAAUUUCUAAAAUAUUUUUCAAUUUGAUUCUUCAUAAUUUUGGCAUUAGAAAUCAAUUGAUUAAAGCCCUCGAGCUAAGGCUAUCAGGAUCUAAUCAGAUUAUUAAUGCCAAAAAUUGUGUCCCGAGAUUUAGAUUCAACAAAAAUAGCUGACUAUUAUCAAGGUCUUGGUAUUACCAUUGAAAAUAUUUUUGACUAGAUCAUUUCUACUCUACUCUAGUAAAACUCGAGUUACCUUUUUUUAGAUUUGUUGAUUUUUAUUUAUUGAUGGAUAUUUAAAUUUUAGAUCUUGCCAUUACAAGAAAAUAAUUGUUUUUAAGUAUUUGUUAUUGUAUAUCUAUAAUUUAUGUGUUAAUCGUUUCGGCGCCAUAAUAUAUAAGGUUAAUAUAUGUAUAGACUUCUUUAACUUCGUUUCUAAACGCUCACCCUUCGAAAUUUUUUAACCAUAUUUUCAGGUGCUGUCGUUUUUAGAGGCUGAAGAUUUUUUGUAAAUAAGUAUUAGCAUUUCGAGUUGGUUUUUUACUUGUUUGCUCUAAAUAUAGCAUUUUGCAAUUUCAAUCGGUUAAAGUGGGGCACUUAAAGAUCAGUAUUACUUAAUCUUGCUCAAUAUUUAUAAAAAUGAUUUUUCACUUUUACCAAUAAAUUAAAUUACAUUUAUGCUAUUUUCUUGCGUAGCUUAAGUUUCAGUUUUAUUUAGAAUUUUGAGACACUUAAAAAAAUAAAGAGAAAGCGCUAAAAUAAAUUAAGUAGAACAAUAAUAUUCAUGUAGGUAGAUAUAUGUAGGUAUAAUCUAGUAAAUAUCAAUAUAACAUUUUAAUUAUCAUAAUUCUACGAAUUUUCUAAAUAACAGUUACCAACAUCUAAUAUUUUUCAUCAUGCAAUAUCUAUAAAUGUAGUUAUAACCCUCAGUAUUUAAACUAAGUCAAGUUAUAAAAAUCACAAUGCUUCCAUAAUUUUUUUAACAUUUAUAAACUCCGUAAAUAUUGAUAUCAAAUAAAUUAUUGCAAAAUAAUUUUAAUCUUGAUUAUUCUAUUUUAUCUCAUUUUUAUUCUUCUUCAUCUUUUACUUCAUUCACAAUUCUAUAUAAUUAUUUGUUUUUUAUUUAAAAAUAAUUUUAAAUAUUCGAGAUUUUUAUUAAGUGUCUCAUUCUAAAAAUCAUUCUUUUUUAAAGGACUGAUUUAGACAGUAUACCGGUGACAUUAAAAUAAAAUUGUACUACACUUACUCUAUUCUUCAUUAUUUUCUUUUUAUUUUAUAUACAAAGUGGCGUUUUUAUAGUCUGAAAUAUACGUAGGUAUAUGUUUAGCAUUUACAAGCAGGAAAAUAGUAUGCUAUCUAUGGAAUAACAUAAAAUUAUUGUUAAUUUUAUUGUUUGUUUUUAAGAACAUGUUUGUUUUCUUAAUAAUAUUUAAAUUAGUAUUUCAGAUAAAUCCACCCAAUUAUUUUUGAUUG